AUGCCCCCAUCUGCGAUGCGAGCAGUAAAGGAUAUCAUGUUCGGGAGUAUCGCAGGCAUGGUCUCCAAAGUUUUUGAGCACCCAUUCGACUUGACAAAAGUGCGAUUACAAUCUCAAGUUCUCGAUACCACCGCUAGAUUCAAUGGACCAAUAGACUGUCUCGUCAAAACAUGGGAAAAUGAAGGCGUUAGAGGUCUUUACCGCGGCCUUCCGGCACCAAUAGUGGCUGCCAUGCUGGAGAAUGCUUCAUUGUUCGUGUCAUAUAGUGAACUUCAAAACGUGAUACGGCAGAUCAAUUCCCAGCCCUUGUCACACGAACUGUCGUUACCUCAGCUUGCAUUGGCUGGUGCAGGCGCAGGCGCCAUCACUAGUUUUUUACUGCAAGUCACCCACGCCUGCACACCCGUGGAGCUUGUAAAAUGUAAAAUGCAAGUACAGAUGAUUGCUCCCAAGCCGCUUUCAGUCUCGAUACCUGAAUCUACCGCAGCAGCAACCCUAGACUCAAGCCUCGGACCCAUCCUUCGACCCCUUCCCGGUCCUAUAGCCGUUCUCAUGUCCGUCAUCCGCACAGAGGGCCUCCGCGGCCUUUGGCUCGGCCAAACUGGCACCCUCAUUCGUGAAUGCGGUGGUGGAGCUGCAUGGUUCGCCACAAAAGAGUUCGUCGGAACAACGCUAAUAAAGCGGCGCGGCUCCGAGCUUACACGGAAAGACAUCGUCCCAUGGGAAUCUGCGUUGUCUGGUGCAUGCGCAGGCGGUGUAUUCAACUUUUCUAUGUUCCCCGCCGACAGUAUCAAGAGUACGAUGCAAACUGAGGAAGACUUACGUCCUCGAGGCAGUAAUGCCCCCAAGCCAACGUUCCUUGGCACCGCGAAAGCAAUGUAUAGGGCGCAGGGUGUGAAGGGGCUUUACGCUGGGUGUGGUAUUACUGUUGCUCGAGCAAUACCCAGCAGUGCCAUUAUAUUCCUGAUCUACGAUGGCCUAAGUAGCCGCUUUGGGUAG